UGGGAGCCGCGGCGGCGGCGUGCAAAAUGGCGGCGCCCACGCGACCCAGAUCCAAGAUGGCGCCGCCCACGGAUGGGAGGUGGAGCCCGGAUCCCAAGAUGGCCGGCCUCCUAGCUCCGAGCUGCUGGCGAGCCGGCUCCAAGAUGGCCGCUCUCGGAAGCGUCCGGCUGGCCCUGGGAGGUGUCCGGCUUUACAACGCUCGGCCGCUGAGGCGGCGGCUCGGAGGGGUUUACCGGCCGGACCCCGAGAACCCUCGCACGCCGGCCUGGCAGCUGACGGCCGCCUAUGAAGCGAAGGUAUUCGGGCGUCACGGAUCAGCCUCUGGAGUCGACCCGGCCGGACUCUGGCCCAGCCCGGAGAAGCUCCAGGACAUUGAGGCCGAGGAGAAGGCCUGGUACCGGUCUCUGAGGGAGAUGCAGGAGCGGCUGGACGCCAAGGAGCAGAGAGCCGAAGCCAAGCGGCGGCAGAGAGAGGAGCACAUUGCUGCCCAAAUGGCCAAGAUGCCAGAGAUGAUUGCAAACUGGUUGCGGGAAAAGGAGGAGCGCAAGUCCAAAGAGCGUGAAGAGAAAGAGCGGCGGGAGAAGCUACUGGCUGAAGCCCGUGAGCGCUUUGGUUACAACCUGGAUCACCGCAGUGCUGAGUUCCAAGAGAUGAUGCAAGAGAUGGAGAAGGCUAGAAAGAAGGAAGCGAAGCUGCAGAAGCAGCAGCGGAGAGAGGAGGCUCUGGCCAAAAAAGCAAUGCAAAGAGCACCUGUUGCCUCACUCCCAGACAAAGAAGGGGAGGUGGUUGCAGCAGAGGCAUCACAUCAGGUCACAUAGUCUGUUGGGGCUCUGAAAGUGCAGACUCUGGACUGCGCAUUGAGUUAACCUGGUGCAGAGGCCCAGCAAGCACAUCUCUUGCAACCCUUGAUCCUGCCUGAAGGUCAUUUCCCAGCUCUCUGACCACCGAUGAGAGAAUAUUCAUACCUUUGCUGCUAAUGCAUCUGAAUUCCUUGUUGGUGGAUCCUGAGGGUGAUGAUGUCAAACUUUGACGUACAUCUUUCCAGUGCAGUAAACUACCCUCACUUACUAGCUGGCUGAUGUGUUGUGUGCAGUUACAGACAAAUAAAUGUACGCGGUAUUUUUAA